AUGCAGAUUAAUCAUGAAGGCGGAGAGAGAAAAGGAGAAUCACGCUCUGCACCCCCUGGAAAAUUAUUUGUCUGUCCCCACCCCCAACCAUCUAUGAAUCCUUUUCUUUUUCUUCAAGGGGCACUUUUUUAUUCUCUUUCUUUCUUCCACUCACUCAUGAAUAUCUUCCUUCUUCCUAAUCUUCAUCAUCUUUUUUUUUCUUUUUUCCCUUCUACUAUUCAUCACCUUCCCUCUUUUUUCAUCUCCUCCACCUUCUUGCCUUUUUACAUUCUUUCUUUAUUCAUCGCCAUCCUUCUUUCCUCAUCCUUCUCCUCUUUUCACUUUCUUUUUACUUUCUAUAUUCCUCACCUUCUUUUUCUCUACCCCUCCUCCCUCUUCCUACUUUUUUACUUGCUUUCAAUUUUCAUCACUUUCCUUCUCUUUCCCUCUCCUUCUCCUUCCUACCUUUUUACUUUCUUUCAAUUUUCCUCACCUUCCUUCUCUUUCCCUCUCCUUCUCCUUACUUUUUUACUUUCUUUCAAUAUUCCUCACUUUCCUUCUCUUUCCCUCUCCUUCUCCUUCCUACCUUCACCUUUCUUUCAAUUUUCCUCACCUUCCUUCACUUUCCUCUCCUUCUCCUUCUUACUUUUUUACUUUCUUUCAAUAUUUCACUUUCCUUCUCUUUCCCUCUCCUUCUCAUUUCCUUUUUUUCCUCUUCCUUCUUUUCAUUCCUUCCUUUUACUUUUUCUUUCUUUUUUCCUCACCUUCCUUCCUUUCCCUCUCCUUCUUCUUCUUACUUUUUACUUUCUUUUUCAAUAUUCCUCACCUUCCUUUUCUUUCCUCUCCUUCUCCUUCCUACUUUUUACUUUCUUUCAAUAUUCCUCACUUUCCUUCUCUUUUCCUCUCCUUCUCCUUCCUACCUUUUUUACUUUCUUUCAAUAUUCCUCACCUUCCUUUUCUUUACCUCACCUUCCUUCCUCCUUCUCCUUCCUUCCUUUUUCCCUCUUUCUCCUUCUACCUUUUUACUUUCUUUCAAUAUUCCUCACCUUCCUUUUCUUUACCUCACCUUCUCCUUCCUACUUUUUACUUGCUUUCAAUAUUCCUCACUUUCCUUCUCUUUCCCUCUCCUUCUCCUUCUUACUUUUUUACUUUCUUUCAAUAUUCCUCACUUUCCUUCUCUUUCCCUCUCCUUCUCCUUCCUACCUUUUUACUUUCUUUCAAUUUUCCUCACCUUCCUUCACUUUCCCUCUCCUUCUCCUUCUUACUUUUUUACUUUCUUUCAAUAUUCCUCCUUUCCUUCCUUUCCCUCUCCUUCUCAUUUUUACCUUUUUACUUUCUUUCAAUUUUCCUCACCUUCCUUCUUUCCCUCUCCUUCUCCUUCCUUUUUUUUACUUUCUUUCAAUAUUCCCACCUUCCUUUUCUUUACCUCACCUUCUUCUUUACUUUUUACUUGCUUUCAAUAUUCCUCACUUUCUUCUUCUUUUUCCCUCUCCUUCUCCUUUCCUACCUUUUUACUUUUUCUUUCAAUUUCCUCACCUUCCUUUUUUUACCUCACCUUCUUCUUCCUACUUUUUACUUGCUUUCAAUAUUCCUCACUUUCCUUCUCUUUCCCUCUCCUUCUCCUUCCUACCUUUUUACUUUCUUUCAAUUUUCCUCACCUUCCUUCACUUUCCCUCUCCUUCUCCUUCCUACCUUUUUACUUUUCAAUUUUCCUCACCUUCCUUCUCUUUCCCUCCUUCUCCUUCUUACUUUUUUUUUACUUUCUUUCAAUAUUCCUCACCUUCCUUUUCUUUACCUCACCUUCUUUUACUUUUACUUUCUUUCAAUAUUCCUCACUUUCCUUCUCUUUUCUCCUUCUCCUUCCUACCUUUUUACUUGCUUUCAAUUUUCCUCACCUUCCUUCUCUUUCCUCUCCUUCUCCUUACUUUUUACUUUCUUUCAAAUUCCUCACCUUCCUUUUCUUUACCUCCUUCUUCUUCCUACUUUUUACUUGCUUUCAAUAUUCCUUUCCUUCUCUUUCCAUCUCCUUCUCCUUUUUUUUACUUUCUUUCAAUUUUCCUCACCUUCCUUUUCUUUCCCUCUCCUUCUUCUUCUUACUUUUUUUACUUUCUUUCAAUAUUCCUCACUUUCCUUCUCUUUUCCUCUCCUUCUCCUUCCUACCUUUUUCCUUUCAAUUUUUCACCUUCCUUCUCUUUCCCUCUCCUUCUCCACUUUUUUUUUCUUUCAAUAUUCCUCACCUUCCUUUUCUUUAUCUCACCUUCUUCUUCCUACUUUUUACUUGCUUUCAAUAUUCCUCACUUUCCUUCUCUUUCCCUCUCCUUCUCCUUCCUACCUUUUUACUUGCUUUCAAUUUUCCUCACCUUCCUUCUCUUUCCCUCUCCUUCUCCUUCUUACUUUUUUACUUUCUUUCAAUAUUCCUCACCUUCCUUUUCUUUACCUCACCUUCUUCUUCCUACUUUUUACUUGCUUUCAAUAUUCCUCACUUUCCUUCUCUUUCCCUCUCCUUCUCCUUCCUACCUUUUUACUUUCUUUCAAUAUUCCUCACCUUCCUUUUCUUUACCUCACCUUCUUCUUCCUACUUUUUACUUGCUUUCAAUAUUCCUCCUUUCCUUCUCUUUCCCUCUCCUUUUUUACCUUUUUACUUUCUUUCAAUUUUCCUCACCUUCCUUCCUUUCCCUCUCCUUCUCCUUGUCCUUUUUCCUUUCUUUCAAUAUUCCUCACUUUCCUUUUCUUUCCAUGUCCUUCUCCUUUCUGAUUUUUACUUUCUUUCCAUAUUAA